AAAUGGACAGUCAAUCCUAUUUUGACAGUCAAAUGGACAGUCAAUCCUAUUUUGACAGCCAAAUGGACAGUCAACCCUAUUUUGAUAGCCAAUUUGACAGUCAACCAUACAUUGACAGCCAAUAUGAUGGAAUUGUUGAGGAUACUCCUGAAUCAUUAUGGGAUUGUCCAUCUCGGAGUCCUCUAAGGAAGAAGUUGACAACAUCAAGGAAUCAUAUUGCAAUCCCUCAAGACAUUCCAUUGCCUAAAAAUGAAAACAAUGUUGUUUGCCAAAUAUGUGAUAUUUCUGGACAUGUUGCUACUAUAUGCCCGCAACAAUAUAAAGUAACUUGUCAACUGUGUAACCGUGAGGGUCAUACUGCAAAAGUUUGCCCAAAUCAUUACCGAUCAAAAAGCGCGUCAGACCCAUCCUCUACACCCACUGAGUCUUCUGAAACUAUUACAAAGAUUUUUGCUAAUGGUCGUCUCACAUUUACAAAAAAGUCUUGAGAUGAAGCAUGUAAAAAAUUACGUUCCAUUCAAGAACCGUAGUUUUUUUACCUUACUUACCUAUAUUUUGCAAUGUAUUUUCUAAUUUCCCUUAUCCAUGUAUGAUAUUAGGACAUAAUGUUUUAAUAUGUAUUCUAUCUUAUGACACUUUAAUUAUGAUAUUAGUUUAUCUUUUUAUAUUUAUAUGUUUCAAUUAUAUGUUUUUAUAUAUAUUUAGAAUAUAGAGCUAAUUAAUUG